AUUUAGUUCAUCUUGUCCUCCCAAAGAUAUAAGAAUGCAUUGUACUUCUCCAUUGAUUGUUAAUAUUUUUUGGCCAAGAGCUGAAGUGGGUGCUGUAAAUCAUAAUUGCAAUGGAUUAUUUUCAUUACUUGUUAAGUUGCUAUCAAGCAGAAUGUGUGAAAAAGAAAAAACUAUCACAUUGCUUCUGAUACAAAGAUUAAUUUCACUGGUGGCUGAAUGUUGCCAAAUAAGUCAAAGAAACAUAAACUAUGAAAUAAUAUGUUCUUUAGGACCCAACUGUGAUAAAUAUGCCUUAGCAAUAUCAUCAUCAUGUGCUGAUGCUAUAUCUACUGUAGAUGAAUUAAAAUCAUUUUUAACAACACUUCAACCAGAUUGGUUGAAAGUAAAAGUUUGUCUAUAUCUUUUAGAUCGGUACUUUUUAAUGUGGGGUUACAAACCUGGAAAUAAUAGAAUUCCGUUAUCAUUAAGAAAAAUUAUUAGACAAUAUAUGUUUCCUACUCCAGCUCCAGUGUCAGAAUUAUUAACUCAUCAGAAUGAAAAAUUUGAUGAUAAAAUCCAUAUUGGAAUAGAAAAGAAAACAUUAAAACAAAGCAAGCUUUUAUCACCAGAAAUUACAAGAAUAAAUACAGAGCAUCUAAAAGUUUCAGCAGAAAAGAGAAAAAAUAAGAAAACAUAUGAUUUUGAUGAUGAUUUGAAUUCCUAUGAUAAAAUAACAUUUGAGUCCAAAUAUCAAGUACAUAAAUUUUUAUUAUUGCUAUUGAAUCUUAUUCUUUCAUAUAUAAAAAUGAAUCAUUUACAUGAAAUUAUGGAAAUGCUAAGAUCAAAACACGACUUUCAACACAAUAAAUUGGAAAAUUUGAAUGAAGUAAAUGAUUCUUCAACAGAAAAAUCAGAAAAUCAAACUUGCUUAAAAGGUAACAUAAACAUUCCAAACAUUCUUAGAACAUUUCUUGGGCAAGAACCUUCAGUGGAUACUGUAAUUGCUAUUAGUGAUGAUCUUUAUAUGGCAAACAAAUUUCAUAACUAUCAAUUGAAGUUUGAGAAAAGUGUGAAAAAGAUGUGCACAGAAAAUUCAAAACUACCCAAGGAUAUCCUUCUUGCAUUGCAAUUAAUAGAAAUAUAAAACAUCCAAGGAAGAGAACUAUUUAUAAGAAAUUUCUAGUCAGUGCUGAAGUUUUUUAUUUUAAUAAAUUAAAGUAGUUUCUGUAUAACAACGAAUGUUCUUUAAAU